AUGGCUCCAUACGCAAUCUCAAUCGACAACCGCUCCGACAUCAAGCGGUCUUACGCCCUAUUCGCUGAACCUCCAACCAUCAAGCACAACGGCGGCUCGGCCAUCAAAGUGGUCACUCGCAUCAUCAGCAGCGCCCGGGGGGUGGCAUCCCCGCAUGGCCAGGCCAACUUCACGCUCUCCAAAAAGUUGUACGCAAGAUGCGGGGUCUACGAUGUCGAAGUCGACCCGUCACCUGACGACCAGAACCGAAAACGCGUCGGGAGUGGCGUUGAGGUCAUCGACCAGCGACUUGUCACACUCGGGUCGACAGACAAACAUGGCAAUAUCGUACCCGGGACCACGCUCAUGAUAGACAGCUCGAGCGGCACGCCGGCGUUUACCGAGAACAACCCCGCGCCGUCCGGUGCUGUUGGGUGCUUCUGCAUUCAGACCCGAGGCGACUUUUCGGUCAAGGAGGCGAAGCUGAACCAAUUCGUUGUCGGCUUCUGCUCGUCCACACGCCAGAGCAUCGGCCCUUAUGCCACCUUCGUCCCGCAGCCCAGCGAGGAGUAUCAGAUCGCGCCAUCCAAGGGCUUUUACGUGGUCGUGGGGAACUUCAACCCCUACGACCUCGCCGACAUGAGGCUCAAGGACAGCAUGUCCGCCUGCCAUAUGGAUUUUGCCUCCCUCGAGACGGACUCUGUCACACUAGUCCACCACAGCAACGGGACGCUCGUCAGGCAGGUGGUCACAGAUGGGGAGAUGAGGCCGGUGCCAGUCCCAUCACCCAACCCCCCAGUCUUUGCACGAGCUUUUGCAAGAGAGGAAUUCAGGGUCGGAACUGCAACAGUCACGGCUAGGUCGAGUCAGGACGAUGGGAGUUCGAAUUCGAUAUCAGGGAGCUCUGCUGGCACCUCGACACCAACUUGGUCCGUCUUGAGCUAA